AUGAUUGGUACGUUGACGCGGUUUGCGAAAAGUCAUGAGGACCCGGUAUGGCACACUUCAUUGGAGGCGCAUGUAGCGUUGAAAAAAUUGUUGGCGGUGGAGCAGCGAGAGGGGUUGACAAAGUUGCAAGCUACUGACUUGGCGGUAUGUCGUCUGGACUAUUUGGAGUUGGCGGCGAUGUUGUGUUUGUUCAUUCAAAACCCGUUUGGCGCAGUACAGAGUACGGACCUGGAGGUUCUGGGUAUGCAGAAGGACUUCCGGCAGGUGUGGGACACGGGUUGUUUAUUACAACGAGCGGAGGCUUCAGUUUCAAUACUCCUUGGUUUCUGUCUUCGCCAACUCCGCUACCGUCCUACUGGCGAUGCCUGGGUGCUGGACUGUCUCCGCCCCGGUGCCGUCCCAUACAGCUCCUACCGCCGACGGAUGUGCACCGGACCCGGACUCGCCUUCGACCUUCUCACACCCGUCUUUAAACAAUUAAGCAAAAGUCACCUCACUGCCACUGAGUACACCACCUGCCAGACCCGUUCCCUCGCCGAAAGCGCCAUCUUCGUUGAACGACGCUGCAAGGCACCCCCCAGCCCCGCCUGCCGCACCGUGGUCGACGCCACCGAAGACCCCAACGAUCAUCUCAACCGCGACUGGCCGCAAGAACACCCCGACCGCGAACACAUACCCGCUCUGCUCGCCGAGAAAUGUCGCGUACAACACCUAAGGGGCGAGCAAGCGGUCGGUCAAAUGGUCAGUCAAGCCGCCGGUGCGGCGGAAGCGGAGCGAGCAGCGCGUGCGGAGUUGCGGUAUAUCCCCGAGUCCGGCGGUCUGACCUCCUUCGCGCUCGGCGCGGCGAAGCUGGAUGCGCCGUUGGAGUCGCGCGCACGAAUGCGCGCGCUGAUGUCUGCGGGGGCCCGUAGCAAGUUGGAAAACAUGGAGGGUUUGAACUUUUGCCGAUGCCGUCUGGACUAUUUGGAACUGGCCCGGAUCCUGUGUGCAUAUGUGGCGUACCCAUUCGGAGCGGUCUGGCAAGGGUCGGGUACCAUAGUCGGGGGACCGACGCGAUUCGAUCCGGGGACCUCACUGGGCCAGGUGUGGACGACGGCUUGUCUGAUGCAGCGCGCCGAGUUGCAGGUCGAGCGACUGGUGGACUUUUGCAUCGACGAACUGCACUACCUGCCAUGCAAUCUUGCUCCGACGCCGUUCUUCGAAUGUUUCCGCAUGACUCGCGUCGGUCGCGCCGAUUAUAACUACCGCCGGCGCUCGUCCCGUGAUACGCGCAGCCGUCUGAUCUACAUAGUCCAACGAGCGCGCCGCCGCUCGAUCUCUUUCCACGAAUUCGUCGCUUGGCAGACGACUAGCCUGCUCGAGAACCAAGAGCGCUUCCAAGUGCUGUGUAGGCGGCCCGCAAACGACCCAACAGCCGCCCGGCCUGCAUUUCCAGCACCGCAAAACUACGUCCACCUCAACGGGCACGACUACGCGGCCGCGGGCGCGGCCGCGCCCGCGACCGAUGUUGAGCAGAACGGGGACGCCGAGGCCUUGGCCGAGGCGGUCGAAAACGCCGAGACUGAGCUGCGCGAGCCGCGGGACGUGGACCGGUCCCCGCUACCGGGGCGCCGAUUCCGGAUAGGGAUGAAACAACAUCGGCCGGUUUCGUUCGUGCAGUGUCAACCGGUACGAACGGUGUUUGGUGCGAGUGGAUCGCCACCAGUUUUACGAAGCGACCGGGAGGCGGAAGCGGUGGCGUUGAAUUUGUUAUCGGAGGACGCGCGUGCACAGGCGGCGGCGACGAUGGCGUUAUCGGAUUUUGCGGAGUGUGAUAUUGCUUACGUUGAAUUUGCGCGCAUCGUGGGAAUCUUUAUCCGGCGGCCAUUCGACAUGGUUACAUUGUCGACCCGUCACGCUAUCUUAAAGGCGGCGGACGCACCAGAACAUCCUUCUAAUUUCGAGUCCUGGGCUGCCGGUUGUCUUUUGCAGUUUUGCGACACAUCGUUGGACGAUCUACGUAUAGCUAGUUUCGACAAACUGGGCUUCAAAUUCGCACGCAGGUGCGACGCACUCGAGUGUCUAAAGUCCAAUUCCCUCCAUCGCAACCUCUUCCUCCUACGAUCCGGCGGUGAUCUCGAUCCUGUGGUGUUCCAAAAACGACUUCAGGGCAACCGCAUGACUGCCGCCGAGUUCUUCAAAAGACAGACUCUGACCGCGAAGGAAAAUCGACUGUACUACCAAGACCUCAUGAAUUCACCCAGGAAACCAGCCAGGACUCCCCGCAAAACGGCCAGCAAAGAUCAACUGAAACCGGGGGACAAACGACAAAUAAGCAAUAAAGAUAAAACUGUUGACACUAAAAGAUUACGACGACGACCGAGGAAACUAUUACCCAAAGACCUACCGAGGCUCGUGGCUAGUGGCGGAGUCAUCAACGGAAUGCCCGAAGUAAGAGCAAGCGAACGAACCUUCAAACAACGAGACUGGAUAAUGACCGACGACCAGGAACCACGUACCGACCAGGAACCACGUACCGACCAGGAACCACGUACCGACCAGGAACCACGUACCGACCAGGAACCACGUACCGACCCCCGAAGUCCAGAUUCUGACCUCUCUCGGAGCUCCAACCUCUAUCGAGGCUCCGACCCCACCGCCGAGUACCCGAGCGCUGAAGACACCACCACCGAGAGCCGGAUCUUCAAUCCUGCCGAAGAGGACACCUGCUCUGCAGAAGAGGAAGCGGAUGGCUUUUUAGGCUCCGGUCUUGACCCUGUCUUGGACUCGAUUUUGGAUCCCAUUCCGACAAAGGCCUGGCAGCAAGAUGAAGAUUCGCCGAUGCCGAUCGAGGAAGAUUUAUUCAUGCCAAAUAAGCAGCAGGCCCUGCAGACAAAUCCGGCUGAAGGGGAGCAUACUCUGACGAAACAGACAGAAGCGAUGCUCGUAGACGAUGCUUCGCCCGAUGACCUUCUGCUUGAACAUUCGAUAGCGGAGAAUUGCUGGUCUGACGAAGAAGCCUCAGGAAAGCCGUGGAUGCUGUUAAACUCCCGGGUCGACCCAAACCUCAACUCAACGCUGGUGCAAGAAGACUUACCGUGGGGCGUCACUCCCCCCCAACCUGCGCCGCCAGAACCGAUCCACCCGCUCUGGACCAACCUGGACAUGGAGUCAUGA